GACCUUCUUAAUCAAUUUAAAUCAAAUUCAGUGCAUAUUAUUAUGCUAAUGUUCCUAUGUUACAGUGCAAAAAUUAGUGAAAUCGCUUACUUCCCAUAUAACACAACUUUAAAUUCCAUCUGAUUAUUUCACUUUUCAGCAUAUAAAACAAGCAGCAAUGAUUUUAUCGAGACUUUGCACGAAUAGUGCCUUUAAUAUGUGCCACCUUAUGUCCAAAAAAUCUUCGUUAUUCAAACAAACGUUAUGCGGAAUAUCUCGUCAGCUUUUUCAAGAACUCCUGAGCAAUGUCAAAAGUUAGUGCAAUCAGUCCGGACCUUUCUUAAAAAUUAUGUGAUUUUGCGCUGAAAUUAAAUGAAAUUGGUCUAGACCUUUAUCCAAACCUAAUAUCCCUAAUAUAAUAUAUUCCGGUCUUCUGGUCGACAUUUUGCACAUCAACUCAAUAUAUUAAAUGUAGCCUUUUCGGUUGGGAUUACAUCACAUACACGAGUAUCUUGUAUUUAGGAUGAUUUUACAAUUUAUGUAUUAUUAUUAAUACCUGUACCCUUUACCUAUGAUAUAAGUUAAUAAGAUACCCACCAUGAUUGUAAUCAUUUCAGGCUUUCGUCGAAUAAUGAAUGUUGAAUUCUUUCGCAACAUUUUUAGUAUACAGUUUUGUUAACUUCUGAAGGUAUUUCCCCGGCUUUGACCCUUGCAAGUUGCUAGAGUAAAAAAUGUUCAGUUACACCCGAACUUAGCCCUUCCUUACUUGUUAGAAAAUAUUGGUUAUUAAAACGCUAGUACAAUAUUAUUUAUAGGGCCAAAAGAGUUAUUAAAAUCUAUUAUUUCUGAAGAUUUUGGUAUUUUGUUCUAGCCUGGAAAAUAAUCUUGUCGUAGGAGCUUUACAAUGAACUCAGGUCUACAGUCCACCACCUGCACAGUCGCAAUAUGGUUUUAAAUCAAACAAAAAUUAAUUGAGUUAAAUAUUUAUAGUUAUUUGUUUACAGUUAUAAACGCUGAUAAAAAGAGGAUUCGAACACUUUCAUACAAUUUUCUUUACUCGUUCCGUCGGCAUAUUAUCAACUUGUGAUGAUAAUGUGAAAUAUUUGAAACACAACACCAUAUACAAAUAAUCAAUGGAAUAUUUACUAGUUCAUCCACGCGUACAUAGGUACGUAAAAUUGUUUCUAACAAUGUGUGAGAAAAAAUACAACUAAUUUAAUCGCAUAGAUGAAACAAUAAAACUGGUUAACGCAGAUUAAAAUGGAACUUAUUAUUCUCCAAUAUUUUUGUUAAUAUAGAAAAAUCAAAACAAAAAAGUUCAAAAGUUCUGUAUUAUUUAGAAUUAAUUUUACUGCCACGCGACAUUUCAGGGAUUAAUGGAUGAUAACGAAACAGUCGUUUGCAAAAAUCACGCAUAAAUGUGCAUGUUUACACACACAGACGGAUGGGAAACCCGAGCAAAAAACAAGUAAGGAACUACUAAGUUCGAACGGAACGGGGCAAAUAGUAAUGGAGUAAAUACUUUCACAACACGAUGAGGAAACACAUUUGAGUUCGCAUGACAAUGGUUCGUUGCGACGCAAUUCAGAAGCAAGAGUUUAAGCGCUCGUUAUAGAGCGACAGUUUUUAACUGUUUCACACGUCACAUAUAAUAACAGUAUAUUAAUAUUGCUUGGAAGCUAUAACCAAAUUUUGUUGAAAUAUAGAGUAACUAUACCCUUAAAAGGUUAGAAAUGCAAAACUGGACGAUUCAAGCCCGAGUCUUUUCGACGAUAGAUGAGCUGAGCAAAGAAGAGUUGAAUGCGCAAAAGACCAUCAAAAAGCGAAUUGUAUGGAAAAGAAGCAAAUAGUGAUAUUACUAGUCCACGUCUCAGCUGACGGUUAAUGGCAAAAUACUAAGACGAGCAUCGGAUGGAACUAUCGCCACAGCUUUGAACACACCACUUUAGAGGAAUCUUUUGCGAUCUCUGAAACGCGCUUACUCAUACACACAAAUACAGGAAAUGCAUAUUUAUUUCAGAAUAUGGACUUGCGAAAUAGUAGAUAAAGUAAACACGCAACCAAAUAUUGACAGAUCAAAGCUCAAAUUAAAUAUGUUUAAAUGUAUCAAAAAAAGCACCAGCCUAGCUAGCAUAUAUGUAUGUAUAUACAUGAUAAGAACAAACCAUUAUUAUUACUGUUAAAUGUAUGUGAAUGUGUACCGGGGUAUACCAUAUUGUGACCAAGACAGUCGCUGAGGGUAUUGCGAAAUUCCGUUCCGAUUUCUUCCUUAUAAGUGAUAAUACUAUGUUUUACUAUCAAAUAAUCAAGAACCUAUGCAAAUUCCACAGAUUCACCUUGAAAAGAAUAUGCAUACAUACAUUCUGUUAGAUCGAAAUUUAGCAGACAGUUUAUCUAUUGUUUUACUUGAUUCGUCAAUAUACAGAUUACUGUAUAUUAUAUUUAAGAAAACAGAGAGGAUUUUGUGUAUGACUACACUUCUGCGGUUAGACCUUUGGCCGAGCAUUUCCUUCUAACUGUGCAACCCGCGGUUAUCAAAUUAGUGGAGAUCUUCUACACAUUUCCAACCACUUUCGGACUUCCAACUUAUUCUAUGAAAAGAUUUCUCAUUAGGAAAUAUGCUCGUAACUCACUUAGCUACGUCGUUUGGAUACUCUUUACGGUAGCAAUUAACCAUUCAAUGUCGGGAGAACACAUUUUCAUUCACUUCCAUCACUAAAAAUGCCUUCUUUCAAUGCCAAAAGUUCAAAAGCUUCGUCUAUCCGUCAUAUUUGGAAUAAGGCAUUAUAUUGCAUUGCUAAAAUUUAUUACACUUAAAAAUUAAUUUAAAAAAUACGUACUUUUAUAUGUAUGUAUACAUUUGCAAACUAUCCAUCGGAAGAUCAAGCUGUUGCAUUUUUUGGUUAAGUACUAUAUUUUAGACAAUUUUAAUAUGUACUAUAAGUAUAUCAUGCAUAUGCAUGCGCAUACCUUGAAAUAGGCACGUACUUAUUUUACUCCAUCUUCUCCCGAGGGUUUAUAAAACAAAUCAAAUAUGUAUGUCGCUCAAUCAUAGCUCGAAGUUCAGCUGAAGCAAAAUAAAACAUAAUACGGGGGGAAAGCUUUCGUUCUAACUUUUACUAUAAAUGCACUGGACACAUCUCCGACAUCCAGUGAGUGUACAUUAAACGAUAUCACUGUCAACUACAUACAAGGAACAGCAAAAGCAGUACUACAUCGGCAACAGUAGUGAGAGCAGAGGUAAAUAAAAAUUCAUCAUGCCACCAAAUGCAGCAGCAAUAAAUCACAAUUCUCUGGAUGCCCUAACGGGACAAAAGGUUGAUGGAAUCAAAAGCAAUUUAGGACCGUCCAAAGAAACCGGAGUUCUGUUUGAAUACGAUGCAGACACGGCUGAUGGAGCCUUGAACAUUGAUGUACUUCAACGGAAACGUGCCGACAAACGCAAGCUUAAAUUAGUUUGGCGAAAUAUAAUUAUCUUCGGAUACUUGCACAUUGCUGCACUUUACGGUGCUUGGUUAUUUUUUACUUCGGCGAAGUGGCCGACUGUGUUCUUCUCCAUCUAUCUCUAUUCCAUUGGUGUAUUGGGUAUCACGGCUGGAGCUCAUCGCCUUUGGGCUCACCGCUCUUACAAGGCUAAGUCGCCUUUAAGGGCUAUACUAAUUGCUUUCAAUACGUGUGCUUUCCAAGAUGCCGCCUUCCAUUGGGCACGCGACCACCGUGUCCAUCACAAGUUUUCCGAAACCGACGCAGAUCCCCAUAAUGCUACACGAGGUUUCUUUUUCUCCCACAUCGGUUGGUUAUUAUGCAAGAAACAUCCUGACGUUAUAGCUAAAGGAAAAAGCUUAGAUUUGACUGAUUUGUAUGCUGAUCGUAUUCUCAUGUGGCAGUUGAAAAACUACUAUAUACUGAUGCCUUUAGCGUGCUUUAUACUUCCAACCAUUAUACCCAUGUACUUCUGGAAUGAGACAUUCAUCAAUUCCUGGUUUGUUGCAACAAUGUUCCGUUGGUGUUUCUUGUUGAACGUCACUUGGUGUGUGAAUAGUGCUGCACACAAAUUUGGAGGUCGCCCAUAUGAUAUAAACAUCAAUCCCUCGCAAUGCCCAUCUGUUUCAGCAUUUGCGUUUGGUGAGGGCUGGCACAACUAUCAUCAUGUCUUCCCGUGGGACUACAAAACAGCAGAGUGGGGCAACUAUUCCCUGAAUUUAACCACUGCUUUCAUCGAUUUCUUCGCUAAAAUUGGCUGGGCUUAUGAUUUGAAGACCGUAUCCGCUGACAUCAUUGAAAAACGGGUGAAACGUACUGGUGAUGGUUCACACGAACUUUGGGGCUAUGGCGACAGUGAUAUUACCAAAGAGGACCAACAAGGCAUUAUUACAAUUAAUAAGAAGCAGGAGUAAUGUAGCCAUAAUAUAAUAAUUUUAAUACAUAUUGAACCCAACUUGUCUGAUUUUCACAAAUGUGUCUUACCUGAUCAUAUAUACUAAAUUUUUAAUUUGUGUAAAGCGAAUCUAAAAGAAGCAAACUAACUAAAGGGAUAAAUUAAGAUAAUUUAUAAAACACAUAAAUAUAUGAUAUAAUGUAUAUAGCUGUAUUUUGAAAUGUAUAUAAGUAGAUACAUACGAAUAUGAUGCGGUUGAUCUGGCAUCGCUCCUGUAACUAUUAAUUAAAAUCAAUCGUUUUUUACAUGCAUACAUUUAUUGUUUCAUACUCUAAAUAUGCAUAUUUAUUUAAUAAGAUUAAAUAUAUAACCCCUUGAAUAAAAUGCUAUCGGUUAUGAAAACAUCUACAGAAACCAAUCGUAGAUAAAACUUAAAA